AUGUCUAACAGAUUCACGCUUUUUUGUACAAUGAUUCUCUCAUUUGCAGCUCUAAUAUUGUCCUGUAUAGCAUGUGCAGGUUCUACAAAGAAUUAUACUCCAAUAAAUAACAUAUACGUUGCCCAAAUAAAUCUAUCAGAUAUGGAUUUAACCAAAGUGAUACCAGCUAUUAGUUCUAGUUUAGAGUUAUCAUCGGUAUUGCCUUCAUAUUUUAAUAUUGGUCUAUGGUCAUACUGUAUAGAGGACUCCACUAAGAAGGUUACUAGUUGUACUUCACCUGAUGGGAUAGAGAAAUUUAAUUUGAAAUCUUUACUUUAUGAUAAUAUUCAAGAUAAUAAUGUAUUAUCACUGAUUGAUUCAGUGGCAUCUUUGAUUUUACCAGAUAAAUUGGAAGACGAUAUGACUUACUACAACGAUUUGGCCAAAUGUAUGUUUAUUACUAUUAUAAUAGGUAUUUGUUUAUCCUUUGUCUGCUUAGUGCUUUCUUUCUGCAGAAGUAUAUUCCAUUUACGUGUUGUUACAUUUAUUGGUGGAUUCUUCGCAUUCUUCGCAUUUGUUUCUUUAUUAAUUAGUGUCGGUACUAGUAUGGCUACCUACCUAUAUAUUAGACACAUUCUUUCUGAUAAUUAUAGUGAUUAUGGGAUUUCUUUAUCUCUUGGGAAAACAUAUUUAGGUUUAUUAUGGGGUGCAGUAGCUGCUGCAUUAAUUAAUUUCAUUUGCUGGUGUUUCGUUAGAGCAACUCCAAGAGUCAUGUACGUUCAAACUCCUAUGAUGGAAAAGAGAGACAUGUUAUAA